AUGUUACAAUGUUUUGGUAACAAAGUUUUAGAGAAAAUUCUUCUUGGACAGAUGUCGGUAUAUCUUCACCAAGAGUCCCUGUUGUCAAAAAGACAGUCCGGCUUCCGUUCUGAUCAUAGUUGCAUUACUGCAAAGGUUGAAGUAGCUGAAUCGAUCAGAAAUGACAUUGAUGACAACAAAAUUGGCUUUCUGGUUCUUUUGGAUCACUCCAAAGCUUUCGACACGGUUGAUCACCUGAAUUUGUGCAUGAAACUACGGAAUUUUUUUAACUUCACAUCAACGGCAAUGAGUCUGAUUAUGUCGUAUCUGAGCGAUAGACGGCAGUCUGAGAAACAAUUGAAAGAACUGGCGAACAAAACACAAACAAACUCACCUACCUGUAAGGUGUUUUCAAUAACAAUGAUGUCAACGAAAAUUACCACACAACAUAAUCCCAUGGCCUUGGCCUUAGUCAUUGUGAUAGUUAUCAUGAGCGGCUGCUGCAUUAUGAACGGCGCGGAAGCCCUCACCCAACCAUCGGUGGAUGAGGAGAUGUCACGGCUCUUGGGCAAAUGUGACUUACAGAGCGAUGAAUUUGAUUAUUGCAUGAAAGAUGUAUUCAACGAUUUGAGGGCAUAUUUUCCAACUGGUAUUCCCCAGUACAAUGUUAAGCCCUUCGAUCCCCAUCAUGCUUCGUUCAUUGAACUAAGACGUGGCAAUCAAAAUGGCUUCGGCUUCAAACUAAUUCUGCGUAAUGUCUCAGAGUAUGGCUGGACGCAGUCUGAGGUCACCAAAUUCCAUACGGACUUUGAACAAAAACGUAUCAUAUACUCGCAAUAUUUUCCUGAGAAAAGCCUAAAUGGAUGGUAUGAAUUUUCGGGAAUUAUCUUUGGUACACCAAUCAAGAGAAGUGGUUUUUGGAAUAUGACCCUAUACGAUUACAGUCAAACAACAAGUGUGAGACGCUUGGGCGAACCAGGCUCUCUCUUGAAAAUUCACGUAGAAGUUGAUCGUAUAGGCGGAAUGAAAAUGCAUGUGGGCGAUGUUUUGGCACCAGGACGUGCCCAGCUGGAUAAUGUAUCAGAUGGUGUUAUCAACAGCGCUUGGCCUCUGGGUCUACCCUUUAUAAAGCCCAUUAUAAACGAGUUGGUGAGCACUGCAUUCACGGAUAUAUUCAAUGAAUCUUUUCGACAUUUUCCCUUGGAUCGUUUUCUUAGAUAA